GAUCUCCGCUGCUACAGAACAGCGCCUGACUUGGAAAUGGAUCUCCGGCGUCAUUUCCCCUCAACCCGCUUCUGCAACAUUUUCUGGGACAUGCUUUCUUUCCGCUUUGGUUGCUCCCGCCAUCGUUCGUCUGGUCUCUGUCAAUUUGUUGUUCUGUGACAUCAAACACCUGCUUGACCUCAUUUACCUGGACGGUUUGCAUGAUGUAAAGCUGAGCUCGUUCGUCUCUGUGGUCUUUUCUCAUGUGACCUUUUCCACACUCUUUUUAGUCACUUGUUUCCUGCUUUUCGUCUCUUGUGUUUCCUGCUCACCUCAAAGUCAGCCGCUGCCGUCGAUCUCUUUCUCAUUGUGCUCCACUUUUCGUUGUCCUACAUUCACGUUAUUUCCUGAUGCCAGUUUUGCUUCGCUUUCUUCCCUUUUGAUAACCUUGUGGAAUGACAACAUCAAGCCACCUACCUUUUGUGGACCCUGAGACUGAACGCUGUCAGUGUAUUAUAACGUUGAUGCCAUGAUCCUGCAACCUGAUAUUUAUGACUGCUGGGAGCCUGCACUCUUUGGAAUUCAUAUCAAGGAUUGAUUAUUUAGAUAAACAGCAGCAGCGUGAAGAUCGGAUUCUGAAAUUUCUUGCGGAUUUAUUUAACUGCUGGAUGGCCUGCGGUGGAAAGAUCUCCUCAUGAAUGGAGUCAGUGUCAUUUUAUAUGAUAAGUGAUGAUGGACUUUUCCUGGUUAAAGGUGUUGCACCAGCUGAUGUUUGAUCGCUGUCGACUCGAGGAGUGAGCAGCAAUCUUUUGGCAUGAAAUUACAGCACCAGAGAAUAAUGCCACAUUGUCGUCAGUGGUUUUGGAGUUUUUUAAUAUUUUAUUUUUUUAAUGGCAAUGUGCUAAACGGUGUUCGAUCACAUCGAGCAUGUCUCAUACCUGACCACUUGAUUGAUGCUACAGGAUAAAUGCAUUGACUCUAUUUACUUGCUUCCCCAGUAGUACUUGACACAUUUGUCCUCUUGGCUCCAUGGACCGCCCCAAUUCUUAAAGGCAGUUUCACUCCUACGCAACAAUGACUGCAAUCUUUGGAUUGGUGUUGUCUUUAGUUUUUUUCCCAUGGAGGCAUUUUAUAUAUAUAUUUUUUUUUCUCUAAAGGAAUACUCAUUGAGUAGUCCCAAACGCUUAGGGCACCACCGCAUUUAGGCUUUAUGCUGAUUUCAGUGCCUAGCAAUUUCAUUUGGAUGCUGUGGCCAAGAUUGGAACAGCGUCCCCUACACAACAAAUGGAGAACAAUGGCUGCAUCCCACUCUGCUGGAGCAAAGGGGUGUGCAUCUACGCACAGCAUCCUUUACCAAAAUAUGACGGCCAGUUAGCCCCAGUAAGAACAUCUGAGUCAGGCAUGGCAACGUCUUCCUACUUGGAGCCGAACCUUAAUCACUCCGCAGCAAGUGGGUGUGGAGUGAAAUCCCGCUCCGGGGUUUCCGGUGGAACUGGUGUUGGUACCAGCGGCUCUGCUGGCGGUCUUGAGCGGACUCCAGGUUCUCUGGACAGGGUUCUGAAGAUCUUCCACUACUUUGAGACAAAUAGUGAACCCAGCACCUGGGCGAGUAAUAUCAGACAUGGAGAUGCUACGGACGUCAGGGGCGUCAUUCAGAAGAUAGCCGAAAUCCACAAAUUGCGCUGUGUCACUUCACUUGGCCUGCGUUUAACCCAUCUGCACACAGACGCACGUCAUUGGUUACAUCCUGACUUGGGAGUCUGUCAUGUCAGGGAGAAAUAUGAGAAACAGCACCCACAAGAGGAGUGGAGGUAUGAGCUACGAAUGCGCUACUUUCCUAAAGGUUACCUCAGUCAUUUCUCAGAAGACAAACCCUCGCUCAACUACCUCUAUCACCAGGUAAAGAGUGAUUACAUGCAACAUAUCGCCGAUCAAGUGGAUCAAGAGGUUGCUUUGAAACUAGGCUGUCUCGAAAUAAGGCGUUUCUUCAGAGAGAUGCCAGGAAAUGCGCUUGACAAGAAAUCCAACUAUGAACUCCUAGAGAAAGAUGUUGGUUUGAGAAGGUUCUUCCCCAAAAGCCUGCUGGACUCUCUAAAGGCAAAGACGCUUCGUAAGCAUAUCCAGCAGACGUUUAAGCAGUUCGCCAACCUCAACGAUGAGCAGAGCAUCCACAAGUUUUUUGAAAUCAUCUCUCCCAUCUACCACUUCGACAAGGAGUGCUUCAAAUGUGCAUUAGGGUCCAGCUGGGUCAUAUCAGUAGAGUUAGCAAUCGGACCAGAGGAAGGAAUCAGCUACCUCACAGACAAGGGCUCAAUGCCCACCCAUCUAGCUAACUUCAACCAGGUUCAGUCCAUCCAGUAUUCACCCUUGGAGGAAAAGGACAGGAAAGGCAUGCUGCAGCUCAACGUAGCAGGAGCUCCGGAGCCUCUCACAGUCACGACAGCUUCGCUGACUACAGCGGAAAACAUGGCUGACCUGAUUGACGGUUACUGUCGACUCUUCUCCUCAACGAGUCACUCCUUCAUCGUCAGAGUCCACAAAGAGGGCGAUAGAGCGCUACCAUCCAUCCCAAAGGUAUCAAAUCACGAGAGGCGGAUGGAAAAACGGAUGGACGGCGUACGAACCAGAGCGGUUUGUGUGUCAGGGCACAAUAGUGGCGAUGAAACAGACGACUAUGCUGAGAUCAUAGAUGAGGAGGACACCUAUACAAUGCCUUCAAAAUACUAUGGACUAGAUCAAGCACAGGACUAUGAAAUUCAACGGGAUUGCAUUGAACUGGGCCGCUGCAUAGGUGAGGGUCAGUUUGGGGACGUCCAUCAAGGAGUCUACAUCAGCCCGGAAAACCCGGCAUUGUCUGUGGCAGUAAAGACGUGUAAGAAUUCAACAUCGGACAGCGUCAGGGAGAAAUUUCUCCAAGAAGCAUUAACCAUGCGUCAGUUCGACCAUCCUCACAUUGUCAAGCUGAUGGGCGUCAUUACAGAGAAUCCAGUCUGGAUCAUCAUGGAGCUUUGCACACUUGGAGAGUUACGUUCUUUCCUGCAAGUGAGGAAGUACAGUCUAGACCUGGCCACUCUCAUCCUGUACUCCUACCAGCUCAGCACGGCAUUGGCCUACCUGGAGAGCAAACGCUUUGUGCACAGGGAUAUCGCAGCACGGAACGUCCUGGUAUCAACUGUUGACUGUGUGAAGCUGGGUGACUUUGGUCUGUCAAGGUACAUGGAAGACAGUUCUUACUACAAGGCAUCGAAGGGUAAGCUUCCCAUUAAAUGGAUGGCUCCUGAGUCUAUCAACUUUAGAAGAUUUACCACAGCCAGUGAUGUCUGGAUGUUUGGUGUCUGUAUGUGGGAAAUUCUGAUGUUUGGCAUCAAGCCUUUCCAAGGUGUAAAAAACAACGACGUCAUUGGGAGGAUAGAGAAUGGCGAACGACUGGCCAUGCCCCCUCAAUGCCCUCCUACCCUGUACAGCUUGAUGACCAAGUGUUGGUCGUAUGAUCCUAGCAAGAGGCCGCGCUUCAAUGAACUGAAAACCCAGCUCAGUACCAUACUAGAGGAGGAGAAGGCCCAACAGAAGGAGAGGAACAGGAUGGAGAUGAGGAGGCAGGUCACUGUAUCUUGGGACUCGGGAGGGUCCGAUGAAGCGCCGCCAAAGCCCAGUCAUCGUCCUUCCUUGCAGUCCACCUUCAGUUUGGAUUGUCUGUCUGCUUCCUCUCCUCCUCACCAUUGCCAUCAAAACCAGCACUUUGGCUCACAGCUUUCCCUCUGCCUCGGAAACCCUCCUCCUUCAUCUACCUGCUACUCCUCUCCCAUACCUCCUCCUAUGUCAUCACUCGUAUAUUCCCAUCAGUGCUCCGCUUUUCCUUCCGAGGCACCUCUUUUACACAGCAAAACCUGUCACAGUUGCUGUUUCUCCCAGCGCCACACAAACCCAGAGUCCAGCUUCCACCUGCGGUCUCAUGCUGAAUUUAGUCCUCGACCUACAAAUUCAGGGAGCCUGCCCGAUGGCAGCUGCGCCCAUAAAACAAAUCCCGCUACUGACGACCACCGGCCCUGUUCGAACCAGUCAAACGCAAACAGCUCUCAUCCCUUAAUAAGACACUUAACUCAACUCCCUUCGCUUCCCAGCCCUUAUUCUCAGAGUUGCAUCUUCUCAGAUACUUGGGCCUUCAACCUCCAGAACGCCAAAUUCAAGACAAAUUCUCAAAGUGAAACCGCUCGGUUGCCCCGCUGCCUAACUCAUCUUACAGUCCACCUCCAACCUGCAUCUAACCUCCAGCCCCAAUGUGGGCGGCCGCUGCCACCCCAGCUCGUUCUCCCACACCUUGACAAACUAAUCCCAGUGCCCUCUGUUUGCAAUCCGUACAGCAAUACCCUUCAUCCACCCGAGCAAAGGCCAGGCCCUCCUUUAACUACCCACACAUCUUGUCUCACCUCCUGCACGCUUCCCGCUCACACACCGUUAAAGCCUAGUAGACCAGGAUACCCCAGUCCCCGCUCCAGUGAAGGCUAUUUCCCCAGUGCUCAGCACCCUGGCCACUACCAGAUGGCGGGUUACCCCGGCCCUCACACGCUCCCGUCAGUGCCCAGUGCCCUUUACCCGCCGCAGGCCGCCGUGCUGGAGACGCAUCACGCGCACACGCACCCGCGCCACCAUGUCCACGCACACUCACAUGUACAGCACCUCCCUCAGCCUCAUGGGCAGGACAUGGCACAUUGGGGGUCAGCUAUGGAGGACAGGGCAAUAGACACGCAGCUGUGUGUAGGCCAGCAGUGCCUGUUAAUGGAGGAACAGCUGAUGAUACAGCAGCAGCAGAUGGAGGAGGAUCAGAGGUGGCUGGAGCAGGAGGAAAGGCUGCUGAAACCGGAAAACAGAAGUUCCCGAGGUAGUCUGGACCGAGAUGACGGAGGACUCCAGCCACCAACGGGAAACCAACACAUAUACCAGCCCGUUGGCAAAGCAGAGCUUGUGGCCCCCCCAAAGAAACCACCACGACCUGGGGCCCAGAGCCAAGGGUGCAGUCUGGCCGGUCUGAACACUGCAGACAGCUACAAUGACGGAGUGAAGCUACAGCCCCAAGAGAUCAGCCCCCCUCCCACCGCCAAUCUGGACCGCUCCAACGACAAGGUGUACGAGAACGUGACGGGCUUGGUCAAAGCUGUGAUCGAGAUGUCGAGCAAGAUUCAGCCAGCUCCUCCCGAGGAGUACGUUCCCAUGGUCAAGGAUGUGGGCCUCGCGCUGAGGACGUUGCUGGCCACGGUCGACGAGACCCUGCCGCAACUUCCAGCCAGCACACACAGAGAGAUCGAGAUGGCGCAAAAGCUUUUGAACUCCGACUUGGCAGAGUUGAUUGGGAAAAUGAAGUUAGCUCAACAGUACGUGAUGACCAGUCUUCAGCAAGACUAUAAGAAGCAGAUGCUCACCGCCGCUCACGCCCUCGCCGUGGACGCCAAAAAUCUGCUGGAUGUCAUCGACCAAUCCCGGCUCAAGAUGAUGGCCCAGCCCCGCCCGCACUAGCCUCACAAGCGCCGUUUACAGACUGCGGGAUCCGUCUACUUCCUUAUCAGUGACAGUUGUCGGAGAUGACUAAACUCGUCAUCCCCUCGAUGUAACCACGGAGCCGAUCCCUUAUUUAACUCUGCACCACUGUGAGAUCUUUUUCAAGAGCCGGGCAACAACAAUUCCCGAAUCAGGGAUUUGUCGUUGUUGCUCUGUGUGGACUAAACAGGGAGAAAGGGAAGAAAAGUACGAUGCUUUUAAAAUAGAACACCGUGGGUGAGCCCAGCGUGACUGAAGUUGCGUUGCGUCCAAACCGGUUCUCAGUGUUGGAGUCAGCCGAGCCAUCAGAACCGGACUCUCUUGAGCUUCAUCAUAUCACAAGGAAGAGGCUCCAGCAUGUCAGCAGUUUUGUUUUGGGUUUUUUUUCCAGUCACGUGACGCAGAAAGCUUCACGUCUUCGUGCCGAAUUUCCUCCUCUGCUUCCCAUUUUACCCCCCGUGUCACCCCGUUUUUUAUUUAUAGCAUCACAAACAAGACGAAGGAAAGGACACGAUGCAAGACAAAGGAACAUUUUUUUUUUUUUUUCCAUUCUUCUUUUACUUCGCACAAACUCUUCCUAUUGUCUUCCUCCCUCGGCUCCAGUCUGAGCAGGUUUGACAGACUUUAAAGAAGCUGCCUCAGAUCUCACUCAACCGAGUUUUUUUUUGUUUUUUGUUUUAUUGUGCGUCUCUUUUUUUCUUCUUUUUCUUCUCUUCUUGGUCUAAACAGAAAACUCAUACAUAUUUGAUCCCAGCAGCACUGAGGAGGAAAAAGAUGAAGGCGGGUGACGAGGGAGUGUCCGUCGUCACUUUUACGACGAGGCCGUCUCUUCUCUGUCCCACUUUCACUGUUCCCGCCAUCGUGUCCACCGAGCGAUUUGCCAGGAAUGCAAAUGAACGUGACGGCGGCAACGGGUCGAGGAUCGUCGGUCUGAGGUGCUGAGCCACCAAACUGGAACGUCAUCUUGCAAAAUCACCAGAACGAAGUGAAAACAUAAAAGUGCACGCGUGCGGCGUGACGUGGUGGUAUGGAGGAGAGCGUAUUUGCACAGCACCAAAAUGAAUCAAGAGUAGUUUGAUCCAGGUUUGAUUAUCACGUCUAGCCAGCCAAUCGAUACCUGGGUGAAAUAGGGUUACAAAUGUAAAAUAAACAGUUUAUUUUA